AUGGCGACGAGCAAGCCCACAAUCCUGAUCGUCCACGGGGGCUGGCACACCCCAGCCAGUUACUCGAAGCUCACCGGCGCCCUCGAGGCCUCCGGCUUCGAGGUACACUGCCCGCAGCUCCCAUCCACAAACGGGGCCCGCCCUCCCAACGCCGGCCUGAAGGACGACACGGCCCUCGUGCGGAGCUACGCAGAGAGUCUGGUGCGCGCAGGGCGUAAGGUAGCAGCCAUCGCGCACUCGUACGGCGGACACGUGGCCUCUAACGCGUUCCACGGGCUGGGCGUCGAGGCACGCUCCGCCGCGGGGCUGAAGGGCGGCGUGUCCCGCAUUAUUUACAUGGCCGGGUACGCCGUCCCCGAGGGUGUGAAGAUGAUGGAUAAGGUCGAGGAGUUCGGGCAUAUGGAUCUGGUCCCGAUCGCUUUUGAUUUCGCCGACGAUGGGACCUGCGUCAGCACUGACCCCAAGAAGCUCAUCAUUGGUCCCGGCCCGAGCGAGGAGGAGGUGGAGGCUUACCUCAAGACCCUUGUGCGCUGGCAUGGGAAUUCUAUGUACCACGCCAGCGAGCACGCCGCGUGGCGCGAGGUGGAUGUGACGUACAUCAAGACUGUAAACGACAUGACGGUGCCUGUCCAUUACCAGCAGCAUUUCAUCGAGGAGAUGGAGAAGGCUGGCCGCAAGGUACAGGUGUUCGAGCUCGCGACUGGUCACUGCCCGCAUCUCACGGACAUCGAUGGUGUCGUGGAUGCCAUCAAGAAAGCGAUCUCCGCAUAA